AAAAAAAAGAUUGUCAUGGUCAAAACAGAUUUGAACAACAAAAGAAAAAAGAAAGAUAACCCUUUUUAUCUUUCAGCAAGUGCACUACCUUAUCUGUUGGUUUUCCAAGACAUCUGUCUUGAUCACAGCAAAGUUAUACAUAUACUUCCACUCAUUGACGUACGUAGUCCGAGUUUAACUUUGAACAUUAUAAUACGUCCUCUUUAUCAUUUAGCUCAAAUGUCUGUCCUGUUUUACUCCGCUGUCUUACUUUGCCUGCCCGCCCUGAGCUGGGCGCAAAUCUUUACACUAAGACCAUACAACAACACGGCCAACAUGGCGUUCCGCCUCUCAGAUUACAACGGAGACAACAUCCUGGACAAGAAUGAAUUGGAAAGGUUUUUCCAAGAUUUUGAUGCGAAUGGCGACGGGCGCGUCUCCUUCCAAGAAUACAGCAACUACGUUCACAACAACCAGCACGACCCUGAGAUCAACGCUUUCUUCCACGCGCUGUAUGACGUCUAUGACGUCAACAACGAUCGUCACGUGGACCACGACGACUUCCUUCUCUUGUACGCCCUCAUGGACUUCAACGAUGAUAACGUCAUCUCUAGACAGGAAUUCGUCCAUUACUUCUCCAUCAUCUUUGAGACCAUCGACCAUAAUCUGAAUGGCGCCUAACUACGACUAAUUGCAAGCACUGAGCUCAGGAGUUUCAAUGUCUAGCAAUGGAGAGAUUGUGUGAACAUCUUUCUUCACAUUGUAUCUACACUGUGACAUAGAAAUACUUGUACAAAUAUAUGCAUUUAUUUAAUAAAUAUUUGUUACGAAAGUU